GAAAGGGUUAGCCGCAUAGGCGUUUAUCAUAAUAAUAGUUCAGUGAACUAGUGAAAUUAAAAGAAAUAAUUAUCGGUACGACGUACCGAAGAAAGUGAAUAUCUUAAACCAAACAGAACUAAAGGUACCGCCGGUGCAGUUAAACGAACAGAUCCUUGCAAAAAUGCUGUGCCAUAAGCUGAUAAUUUUAACCUUUUUUGUGUACUUCAAGUCAUCUUCAUGCCAAGACAACAACGUGUGUCCGACUAUUCGCGAUUAUAUCACUAUGAAAAAUAACAACAACUGCUGGUACAACUUUGCUGCAGACAUUAAAGUGCCUGAAAUUAUUCGAAGAUCUGGAUAUCCCUUUAUGGAAUACAGAGUUCAAACCAAAGAUGGUUAUAUCUUAAAUGUGUUCAGGAUACCUAGUGUUCGACAGGACAAGGGUCCUGUUUUUAUGAUGCAUGGGGUUCAGAGCACUUCUGGCAUUUUCGUUAGUUUGGGACCAAACUCUCUCGCCUUUCUCCUCGCAGACGCCGGUUAUGAUGUUUGGUUGGGUAAUUAUCGUGGCACUGAAUAUUCUGAAGGUCACAUCCGUUUAAAUGUAACGCAAAGGGACUAUUGGAAUUACGGAGUGGAUGAAAUCGCUUUAAUCGACCUUCCAACAAUGCUGAAUUUGGUGAGGUACAAUACGUGGAAAAAAGGUAAAAUUAUUUAUAUCGGACAUUCUUUGGGGACAACGGCAGCCAUGAUGUAUGCUUGCGAGUACCAAGAACAUGCCAAAGAAGCUGUUAAAUUGUUCAUAUUUAUGUCUCCUGCUUACAAAUUAAAUAGAAUGAGGUCGCCUUAUCGUAUUUUUUUCCCAUUGAUGAAAACAGCUUUGUCACUCUCCAACAACUUGAACGUUGUACAAGUAUUUUCUCGAGGAUACUCUAACCAGCUUACACGACCGACAUGUCUCGCUUCCACAUCUUUAAUGCUGUUAUGUCUCAAUAUGAUCAACAUGUUUUUGGGUCCAUUCACGCAAAUCGCUCCGGAAACCAUUCCAGUGCUUUUUAACCAGUUACCAGGCGGCACUUCGCUAAAAACUCUCACUUACCUAUCAGAGGCUGUUAGAGGUAAUUUUAGAAAAUUUGAUUAUGGUGGAAGAAAUUUGUUCAUGUACGGAAAUUCAACUCCUCCUGAAUACAACAUCUCUAGGAUUGAGGUUCCGGUGUUUAUUUUUUACGCAUCGCAUGACUGGGCGACGUCUAAACCAGACGCUAUGAAUUUAUAUAAGGAGUUGCCCCCGGCUGCUAAAUUUGGCAUACAAGAAAUUUCGAAUCUGAGAUUUAAUCACUUUGAUUUUCUUUUCGGCAGAAACGCUAAAACUUUAGUAUACGAUAAAAUUAUUCAGAUUAUGGACAAUUUUCCAAAUAGGGUUACUUUUAGGUGUGCAAUGAACCUCAGACACACGUUCUUAGUGACAUUAAUGCUCGGCCUACCCAAACGCAGUUUCGGGGAAGAUAAAUACAACAAUGUGUGUCCCACUUUUGAAGAUUAUUACACCAUUAAAAACAAUUCUAGAUGUUGGUACGAUUUUUCUGCAGAAUUUGAUUGUCCGACUGUUAUAAGACUUAACGGUUAUCCUGUAAUUGAAUACAGAGUUCCAACUUCAGAUGGGUUUAUUUUGACAAUGUUUAGAAUUCCACCAAAGAAAUCAACUGCUCGAAAAUAUCCUGUUUAUCUGCAACACGGUUUAUCAUCCACUUCUGAUUAUUUUGUAAGCAUAAAAAGAAAUUCGUUAGCUUUUGUGUUAGCUGAUGCAGGUUUUGAUGUAUGGUUAGGUAAUUAUCGUGGAACUCGGUAUUCUCAGACGCAUCAAAAUUUGACAGUUUUUGAUCCAGAAUAUUGGGACCACAGUAUGGAUGAUAUAAUAACGUAUGAUUAUCCUGCUUUAUUUAGUACUAUUUUAUCAAACACUAAUUCCAACGGAAAAAUUGUUUACAUUGGACACUCACUAGGUACUACUUUGGGUUUAAUGUACACAGCUGAGUAUCCUGAUAUUGCCAAAAACAACCUACAAAUGAUGAUAUUUAUGUCACCUGCUUAUACUUUAACAAAUAUGAAAGCUCCUUACAAGCUGAUAGCACCUUUCGGACCGGCGAUUAUGAAUAUUGCUCAAGAACUAAAACUACUCAGAAUUCUAUCUCAAGAAGCAAUCACGAGUGGUGUUUUUCGAGUCGUCUGUUUGGAGUCACCACCUUUAAUGCAACUGUGCAUGCAAUUAAACAAUCUUUUUUGGGGGCCAAACACACAGUUUACCGCAGAUCUUAUUCCCACAUAUUUCAAUCAUAUACCAGGAGGAACAUCCCUGAAAAUCCUAAAUCAUGCAGCUGAUUUAGUUCUGGGAAAUUUUAGAAAGUACAACUACAUUGAAGAUAAUUACAAAUAUUAUGGUAGAUUAACACCUCCAGUUUACGAUAUCAAGAAAAUGCAAGUACCGGUUUAUAUAUAUUAUAGUACUCAAGACUGGGCAACUACAGAACUGGAUGCCCUAAACCUCUGGCAGCAAUUACCAAAAGCUGCUCAACUUGGAAUCAGGCGGAUAGACCUCCCGGCUUUCAAUCACCUUGACUUUGUAUACAGCAGAAACGCGAAAAUUAUUGUUUACGAUGAAUUAGUGCAAGUUAUAAAUAAAUUUAUUAAAAGUUAUAUUUGUAUUAUUUCUAAAUUUAAAACAAAAGAAAAAGAAUUUUAG